GCGCAGCACCAAACCUACUUCCCUCUUGCUCCAUCUGUACCAAGACCAAAACAGAGAAACCACCUCGUCUCAGCUCAGAAACAAGCAGAGGAGGAGCCAUGGCCAGGGUGCACCCCAACGCCAUCGCGCCGGAGCCCGCUGCAACCACCACCACCAGCCGUGCGGCCGAGGAAGAGCCGCCUCCGGCGCUGCUGACGGUGUGGCGCAAGUCGCUCCUCUUCAACUGCGACGGCUUCACCGUCUUCGACGCCAGGGGCGACCUCGCCUUCCGCGUCGACUGCUACGCCUCCGCCCGCCGCCGCGCCGAGGUCGUGCUCAUGGACGUCGCGGGCAAGCCGCUCCUCACCGUCCGCCGCAAGAGGCUCAGCCUAACAGACCACUGGGUCAUCUACGACGGCGACGGCACAGCCAGGCCGCUCCUCUCCGUCCGCCGCCACGUCAGCCUCCGAUCGUCCAGCAAGACGCUGGCGCACGUCACGCCCCUGGGCUCUGCUGCUGCCUCCGCCGCGGAGUACGUGGUGGAGGGGUCGUACGGGCGGCGGGCCUGCGCGGUGCGCGACGCGCGCGGGGACGCGGUGGCCGAGGUGCGCCGGAAGGAGUCGGUGGGCGACGACGUGUUCCGGCUGGUUGCGGACCCGCGCCUGGGCGAGCCGCUGGCCAUGGGGCUCGUCAUCGCGCUAGACGAGAUGUUCCGCGGAGGAUCGGCGCGGUCGCUGCUGCGCAGGACCUGGUCGGCGUAGUAAGGAGUAGGCAGUUCAUGCCAAGGUAGGGUUGGCCAACAUGCCAGGGCCAAAUACCACCAAUUCUCUAUCUAACACGUACUGUACAGUAGCGACCCAAUUGCUAGCGGCAGGCAGCAGAGUUUUUGCGUGCUGGCUGCAUCAGAGAGCGAGAGGUCUAGCUACCUACCUAGUGUCAGUGUGUGUGCGCGCGCGCGCCGCAUCAGAGUUAUUCAGCAUAUGAAUCCGGUGCCCAAGCGUUUGUAGCUCCUCUCUGAAAACAAAUUGUAAAAUUGAUGCAAUAUAUACAGCAAAACAUGAAUCGAUCGAUGGGUUGACUAGA